GACAGAUUUCACCAAAGUUUAUUUUGUAUUUGACAAUAAACACAUUUGCAACUGUUAGCCUCACUCAAGGUCAACUGGUCUCAAUGAAAAAUACAAAUGAAAUCCACAAAUCAAAAUGCACUUAUGAAACAGCCUCAAGAUUUUCAUAUAAACAUAUAUUUUGUAUCAUGAAUUAUACUGUAACACUGCUCCAAAUGAAAUGUAUGAAAUUAAUGAGACAAUUUAUUAAAUUGAGAGAAUCCCAAUCUCUUGCCUACCUGUAUCUCCCAAAGCCAAAAUGGCUUAGUUGCAUUAGGCUAGACUUAAAUAUUUAUAUAUGAAGGCGUGUAUAAUCUCCCAAAGUCAACCACUUUCAUGUUUAUAACCAUUUGACAUCAAAC